AUGACCUUGAAAAAAGAGUGGCAAGCGUGGACAAAGUUGAUGGAUUCAAGCAAGGGAGUGUCCGGGAUAGGCUUUGACUAUGACACCGAGUUGUUUCAGGCACCUGACGAGUGGUGGGACAAGAUGGAAUCAAUCAAUAAGGCGUGUGCGAAGUUCAGGAAAAAAACUUUGGAACACCGUGACUUGAUGGAGACGGUCUUCAUGGGGGCAUCAGCUACUGGGAAGCAUCAUUGGACCCCGGGAGAGAACCUUCCCGAACCUGCUGAGGACUCAUCUGAUUCAGCAAAAAGGAGAAAGACGCCAUCAACAAGUGUUUCAAAGUCGAAGAAGGGAACAAGUGGUGCGUCCGUUAUUGCGGAAAGCAUGAACAGAAUGACAGAUGUGGUGCGUUCGAAGAAUCAGCAGGUCACGGUGAGGCACCUCACAGGCAACGAAUCGCUGUACACUAUUUCCGAGUGCAUGCAUAAACUGAGCAGUAUUCCAUUCCUAAUUGCUACACCGUUAUUCCACUUCGCCUCCACACUUAUGGAUAACGCCGAUUACCGGGAGGUCAUGAUGUGCCAGCUUGAUGACGACCGCAUCAUUGGAUGGCUUACACAGAAGCAGCUCCAGUGUACUGCGUCGGCGCCUUUUGCAAACCUGUUUGGGGGUCGCCGGAUGUGA